ACUGUAGCAGUGUAGUGGAUUAGUGCUGAGAAGCGCGUGGGCUCUGGGCUGUGAGCUACCCGUAACAAUAGUCUGAAAUGAUAAUCGCGUUAAAAAAAGUUUAAAUUGUAAACUUGAGAGAGGAUAUAAAAACAUGAACAGUAGCACUGUACCAAAAGUUGCCACUCCUGGUUGGAAUGAUCCACCACAGAUUUCGUAUGACCCAUCAAGGCCUCAACAAACAGCAUCAGGAAGAGCUAAACUGACAAAGAGGGUGGCAUUCCCAAUCCAAGGAGCAGAGCAGACAUCAUCACAGAGAGUUCAGACAGUACUUCCUCCUUUGUCAGCUCCACCUGUUAGCUCUGUUACGUUGGACAAAAGUAAAGAAACUGAGGCUUGCAGGCCUGAAGAAUUAAGUAUUUCAAAUGAACAGUGUUCAAAGGUGGUCAGAAACCUCUCUGAAUGCCUGGACCGCAGUGGUUGUGACAGGGAUAUGAAAUAUGACUUCAAGAUGAGAAUUAAAUGUUUUGAGUCUCAGUGGAAAGAAAAUAAAUUUCCAGCAGAUUUAAAAGAAAAAUUGCUAAGGCUCUCUGAAGCACUUGUUGACAAGAAUGACGAAACAGCAGAAGACCUAUUGAAGUACGUGUUGGAGAAUUUUUCUAGCAUAGCAUCUGGAUGGAUCCCAGUAAUAAGCCAUAUUCUGACUGUGAUGGAUUCAACCACAUGAAGAAGAAAAAUGCAAACAGUAUUUGUGUAACUGAAAAUGAGUGUGGAUGUUUAUUGUGUUAUUGAAAUGAGGCAUGUUGAAAGAUACAGUUUAACAUUUUUCUUUUAUGAAUUUAUUUAUGCUGGAGCGUAAGCAAAGAAUGUAUUAUAUUGUAUUCCUGAACACCAUUGAUCUUUGUAUUUUGAGUGGAACUGGAUGUUGGGUCAAUUCCAUCAAAUAAACUGUUUCUCACU